GCUCCAGCAAACCCACGUCCGGUGCUCAAAACGGAGAGCCUCUGUGCAACUUUCUCACGGCGAAGCGAGGCAGAGGCGAAAUGGUCGACAGAACCAGAUUCGUGGAGCUGCUCAAGGGCCUGCAGACCUCGGACAACUCCGUUCGGCAACAGGCGGAGACCAUGUAUCAGCAGGCGAAGCAAGCUGAGCCGGACAAUCUGAUUGUUGGCAUGAUGACUGUGCUGGGAAGCGCCGAUGUGGAUGAAGGAGUGCGAAGGCACGACUGUGUGCUGCUGCGCCAGCUGGUCACGCGGGGAUCCGAGAAGGACUUCGUCUACGCCAGGGUAUCAGAUGCGCACAAAAAGGAGGUGGCGAACGAGCUUCUGCGCCGCUACGAGCAGGAGAAAUCCCCAGCGAUGCAGAAGAAGAUCGGCGAGGUGGUCUCCAAGCUUGCGGAGUAUGUGUGCGACAAGGAUGAUCCCAGAGGGAGCCUCGCGCCGGGCAACCCUUCGGGCUGGCCAGCUUUGCUGCCGCUAGUCUUCAGAAUGGCCGACACGAGCACCGCCAGCUCCGUGGAGAGCUGCGAGUCCGCGCUGCGGCUGCUGAAGGACUGCGUGCCCACCUUGAAGGACCAGAUUGUGGAGGCGGCAGCGCAGCCCGGGCCCCCGGGUUUUCGACAUGGGAGGUUGGAGUCCGUGCAGAACUUGCGGCGUAGCCUGGAGCAGCGUGGCUCCGGGCUGGCGGUGGCAUUGGGCGAGGUCCAAGAGGUGCUGCCGCAGCUUUGCGGGAACUCUAGCGUCACCGUGGCCCAGGGCUACUGCAGCGAGGAGCAGCGCGAGGAGCAUUUGGUGGCCAAGCGCCUGAAGAGUGAGCUGCGGAAGGUCUGGGGGGGCACCCUCUACAUGCCCGAGGAGUGCGGCCAGAAUCCUGCCAGCACGCCCUUGAUGUUUACCUCCUUCAAGAACAAGGCUGAGGGUCGGGGCCAGAUCCGGCCCCCACUGCCGGCGCCCCGCACGCUGCCGCCGCUGCCGUCCGACGCGCCCAAAGAGGCGCUCAGCUUCCUCCCGACUCUGCAGCAGCUGGGGUAUGAGGAGGACGAGGUGGAGGAAGCUAUGCAAGACGACCCUCGAGGUGUCCUGCCCUUCGAAGGGGGCGAGGAUGCGGCCAUGGCUCGAGUGCAGAAGUGGAUGUUCGAGGACGACCACUUGCAGGAGUACUUCGAGAUCCGGAACGGCAUGCUGGGCGAGGGCUACUCCUCGAAGCUCAGCCCCUGGCUGGCCAUCGGCUGCAUCUCCCCGCGACGGGUCUGGGCGGAGGCCAAGCGCUACGAGGAGCGGCGCAUCGAGAACAAGUCCACCUACUGGCUGAUCUUUGAGCUCACCUGGCGGGACUUCUUCAUCUACAUGGCCUGGAGCCAAGGAGACAAGAUCUUCCAUCGAGGCGGAAUCAUCGGCGACAGGACGCCAUGGAAAGGCUCCAGGGACAAGUUGGAGAGGUGGAAGGAGGGCAAGACGGGGGAUCCGCUGGUGGACGCCAACAUGCAGGAGCUCAAGGCAACCGGCUGGAUGAGCAACCGGGGGCGCCAGAAUGUGGCGAGCUUCUUGAUCUUCGACCUGCAGGUGGACUGGCGCUACGGCGCCGCCCACUUCGAGGAGCUGCUCCUGGACUACGACCCCUGCUCCAACUGGGGCAACUGGGUGGCCGCAGCGGGCCUCACGGGCCAGCGCGUGAACAAGUUCAACACCAAGAAGCAGCUCUCCGACUAUGACCCGCGGCGGGAGUACGUGAAUCACUGGCUGGGCAGAAGCAAGGCUGUACUGCGCCCUCGGGAGGAUGAGGAGGCAAAAGGCAAGGGCAAGGACGGCAAGCGAGGUAGAUGGGGCCGUGCUGGAGAGAAGGGCAAAGGAAAGGGCGCACAGAAAAGGUCCUUCUACGACGACCCCAUGGGCGACACCCUGAAGGGUGCCUGAGCCCCCCGUUUUUUUUUGGGCGCGAGGCGUGAAACGAAGGGGUCUCUAUUUUUCUUUUGAGGCUUGGCA